AUGGAGAACUUAAUAGUGCCCGUGACAUUGGUGAUUGGUAUGUGGACUCUAAAAAUAUAUUAUCUACAUGUCACGUCGGAAAUCGACUUCCGGUUUGCAAAAACGGUGGUAACCAGUAAAGUUGUCAAUAAGGAACCAGUUGCUAGGGAAGCCGAGUUCGAUCUUACACUUCCAAACGAAGCCUUCAUUACAGCGUUCAAAUUGAUAAUAAAUGGCAAAGAAAUCCAUGGAAAAGUCAAGGAAAAUGCACAGGAAUUUGAGGCUGCCAAAGCAAAGGGGCAGAGUGCUGGCCAUAUUGUCGCCAAACCUAGAGAAACAAACAAGUUUCAAAUCCAGGUCAAUGUAGCAGCCCAAGAAAAAGUGACGUUCGAGUUAACAUACCGGGAACUUCUUAGACGAACUAAAGGCCUAUACAACCAUGUAAUUUACAUCAAUCCUGGACAAGUGGUCGACGAUUUAAAAAUCAACGUCUUAAUCAAAGAAUCAAGAAAUAUCACAACUAUCAAGACUCCACCAAUAAAAAAUGAUCUUCUUACAGAAGAUCCGGAAGGAACAAACCAACUUGGCGUAGUUGAUCGUAUUUCUCCAACAAAAGCGUUUAUUUCAUACGAGCCGUCCAGAGCUGAACAAGAGUCUGGUAUCUCUGGCCAGUUUAUUGUCCAGUAUCAUGAUGUGGACAGAAGUGACAAUGCAGGGGAUGUUUUGGUAAGUAAUGGAUAUUUUGUGCAUUUCCUUGCACCCGAAGGAAUUGAACCGAAGCCAAUGGAUAUUGUGUUCGUGCUGGAUAAGAGUGGUUCUAUGAGUGGAACUAAAAUGAGACAGCUUCAAGAAUCCAUGUAUAAAAUUAUAGACGAUGUAAAACCGGAAGAUAAAAUUAUGAUUAUUGCGUUUGAUUUCUCCCUGUCGUACUGGAAACCGGAAUUUGUACAGGCAACAGCUUCAAAUGAAAACGCCGCCAAAGAGUAUAUAAAAGAGACCCCGGCAAGGGGAGCGACCAAUAUUGAUCUUUCAUUAAGAGAAAGGCUUCAAAAAUUAAUGCAAAUAAGCGGAACCAAGGGCCGAGCACCUCUCAUGGUUUUCUUAACCGAUGGACAAGCCACGUCUGGAGAGACAAGAACUGAACGCAUACUAGAAAAUGUAAAGAAACAGAACGAAGUGGAACUGCCCAUUUUCAGUCUCGCUUUCGGAAAAGGCGCUGACUUUGACAUUGUCAAAAGGCUUGCAGCACAGAAUAACGGAUUUGCAAGGAAAAUCUAUGAAGACGCAGACGCAGCUCUUCAGAUAGCAGGGAUUUAUGAGAAAAUAUCAACCGUUUUAUUGAAGAACGUCUCAUUCAACUAUGUUGACGGAACAUUGUAUGACACCACAGUUACUGAGACUAAUUUCAACACUUACUUCAAAGGUUCUGAAAUGGUUGUUGCAGGAAAAAUAAAAGAUCUUACCAAGUUACAAUCAGGCAUGAUCGUAGAUGGAGAAGGAAGUAAAACCAAAGUCUCCCUUCGUGUACCUCCCAAUCAGGGCAUCAUUAUCCCAUGGCCACGACCCCCAUUCCCUCCAUUUCCUCCCCGACCCAGACCAUUCCCAACGCCUUCACCUCCUGUCACUACAAGAAAUCCCGGAAUGAUGGAAAAACUCUGGGCGUAUUUGUCUAUCAAACAAAUGCUGAGAGAUAAAGAUGCUCUCGAUUCCGCGACAGAAAUAAAAAAGAAGACAAAAUUCUUCAGCUUUCUUUAA